AUGUCAGGAAAUCAGAGAAGGCAGUGGAAGUCCAUGUAUAAAGGCCUGAUUCUGGGCAUGCUCCUUACCAGCUGUAUGAUACUUCUCUACUGUCUGUCUGCUCCUCAAGGUCAAGUCAUUCUACAAGAGGUUCCAGUACCUUACUCCUGUGCAUAUCACCCAGCUCAUGCAAAUGAUCUGCAAGUCUCAAACACCUCCCAUAAUGCUGGUGGUCAGACAAGCAUCUGCACACCCAAGGUGGAUGUCAUGUUCCUGAAAACACACAAGACGGGUAGCAGCACUGUGCUCAAUAUUCUCUUUCGCUUUGGGGAGAAGCACCAUCUCAAAUUUGCCUUUCCUGACAGCCGCAAUGACUUCUUCUACCCCUCACCAUUCCAGCGCUCACAAGUCAAGGACUAUCGGGCAGGCGUGUGUUUCAACAUCAUUUGCAACCACAUGCGCUUCAAUGAGCCUGAGGUGGCCAAGUUAAUCCCUGUGGAUACUACAUACGUCACCAUCCUACGAGAUCCAGCAGAGCUCUUUGAAUCGUCAUUUCACUACUUUGGUCGCCUGGUUCCCUUCACCUGGAAGAUACCAGGAGAGGACAAGCUAACAGAGUUCCUUCAGGAGCCCUGGCAGUACUUUGAUCCUGAGGGAUUCAACUCUUUCUACCUCAAGAACCUUCUGUUCUUUGAUUUUGGGUUUGACAAUAUGAUGGAUCCAGAUGACCCACGGGUGGAGGAGAGCAUCCAGGCCAUAGAGGAGCGCUUUCAGCUGGUUAUGUUAGUGGAACACUUUGAGGAGUCUCUAAUCCUCCUGAAGGAUGCCCUCUGCUGGGAAAUAGGUGACUUGCUGUUUUUCAAACUUAAUGCUCGCAAGGGCUCUAUGGUGUCCAGGCUGAACUCUCAGCUCAGGGCUCAAGCUCUUGAGUGGAACAAAAUUGACUGGAAGCUCUACCAGCAUUUUAACGUCACCUUUUGGAAAAAGGUAGAUGCCUAUGGAAGCGAACGCAUGGCAAGGGAUGUGGAGGAGCUCCGGAGGAGAAACAAGGAGAUGGCAGACAUCUGCAUAGAGGGCGGACAUGCUGUGGAAGCUAACAGCAUCCAGGAAGCAGCAAUGCAACCAUGGCAGCCCAUCGGAGAGAAGUCCAUUCUGGGUUACAACAUGAAAAAAAACAUAAGUAAAAAGCAUCGCAAACUAUGCAGAAAGAUGCUCACCCCAGAGCUCCAGUAUCUGACAGACCUGGGGGUCAACUUGUGGAUUACCAGACUCUGGGGUUAUGUAAGGGAUCUCAUCAACUGGUAGGGAUACACCACUGCCAACAGAAAAGGGAACGCUAAAUAUGAAAUCCGU